AUGGCACGGACGUGGAACGCGGGGAACGCUGUACGAGCCGCUACGUUCCGCAAAUGGUAUGCCCGGGCGUGGUGGAUUGGCCUGCAUGUCUAUGGCUACGUGGUGCUGGGAUACAAGGGCGCAUUAAGUCCCGACGCGCUGUCAAUGCCUCAGUUUGUCUCGUCUCUCGUCGUCGCAGUCGUGACCAUCAGCUGCUAUGUCGUGCUCCAGUGUUCAUCGCCUGGUUUUAUAAAGAAGCGAACGUCCGUCUCACCUGCCAUUGGACAGAGUACGAUGCCUAUGACUGUCAACUCUCCGUCUCCAAUUCCAGCAGCAGAAGAUGGUGUCAAGACGGAAUUGCUGGUCGAGGGCUCAGAGCAUGACCUUUCAGGGGACAGCAGUGACCUCCACUUUUGCAACGACUGUCACGUGUUCCAGCCACUGCGGACAAAACACUGUAAAGAUUGCGAUCGGUGUACGCGACAGUACGAUCAUCAUUGUGACUGCGUCGGAACGUGUGUUGGCGAGAGCAAUCGUCGGCUUUUUGUGCUGUAUUUGCUCCUGCAAAGUGUGGAGGGUGCCGUGAUGAUUGGAGUCACGACUUCUGCUAUCUCGGAAGCAGAAGACAUUGACGACUGGUUCAAGAUCAAUGCGCUGUACCUUGUGCUGUGCUUCAUGAUCGUGUGCGUGUUGCUCAUGGUCGUCCCGCUGUUGGGCUACCAAGCGUUUCUCAUUUCAACAAACCAGACCUCGUGGGAACAUGCUCGGCGAUCCUCCAUCACGUACUUACAAAACCUGUCAGACGAUCGUUCUCCAUUUGAUCGCGGCAUCCUUCAGAAUUGGUGGGUCUUCCUCUCAAACGGCGACAGCAAUAAAUGGGUACAUGAAAGUGUACCCAACCCAAUAACGUCGUACGACGACGACGCUUCCUCACUCGUGUAA